UUGGUUUCUCCAUCUAUGUUAAUUGAGAGUUUUGCAGGAUACAGUAACCUGGGCUGGCAUUUGUGUUCUCUUAGGGUCUGUAUGACAUCUGUCCAGGAUCUUCUGGCCUUCAUAGUUUCUGGCGAAAAGUCUUGUGUGAUUCUGAUAGGUCUGCCUUUAUAUGUUACUUGACCUUUUUCCCUUACUGCUUUUAAUAUUCUUUCUUUAUUGUGUGCGUUUGGUGUUUUGACUAUUAUGUGACAGGAGUUGUUUCUUUUCUGGUCCAAUCUAUUUGGAGUUCUGUAGGCUUCUUGUAUGCCUAUGGGCAUCUCUUUUUUUAGGUUAGGGAAGUUUUCUUCUCUGAUUUUGUUGAAGAUAUUUACUGGUCCUUUGAGCUGGGAGUCUUCACUCUCUUCUAUACCUAUUAUCCUUAGGUUUGAUCUUCUCAUUGAGUCCUGGAUUUCCUCUAUGUUUUGGACCAGUAGCUUUUCCUGCUUUACAUUAUCUUUGACAGUUGAGUCAAUGAUUUCUAUGGAAUCUUCUCCUCCCGAGAUUCUCUCUUCCAUCUCUUGUAUUCUGUUGGUGAAGCUUGUAUCUACAGCUCCUUGUCUCUUCUUUUGAUUUUCUAUAUCCAGGGUUGUUUCAUGUGUUCUUUCUUGAUUGCUUCUAUUUCCAUUUUUAAUUCCUUCAACUGUUUGAUUGUGUUUUCCUGGAAUUCUUUCAGGGAUUUUUGUGUCUCCUCUCUAUGGGUUUCUACUUGUUUAUUUAUGUUUUCCUGGAAUUCUUUCAGGCAUUUUUGCGAUUCCUCUCUGUAGGCUUCUACUUGUUCUCUAAGGGAGUUCUUCACGUCUUUCUUGAAGUCCUCCAGCAUCAUGACCAAAUAUGAUUUUGAAACUAGAUCUUGCUUUUCUGGUGUGUUUGGAUAUUCCAUGUUUAUUUUGGUGGGAGAAUUGGGCUCCGAUGAUGCCAUGUAGUCUUGGUUUCUGUUGCUUGGGUUCCUGUGCUUGCCUCUCGCCAUCAGAUUAUCUCUAGUGUUACUUUGUUCUGCUAUUUCUGACAGUGGCUAGACUGUCCUAUAUCCCUGUGUGUCAGGAGUGCUGUAGACCUGUUGUCCUGUUUUCUUUCAGCCUGUUAUGGGGACAGAGUGUUCUGCUUUCGGGCGUGUAGUUUUUCCUCUCUACAGUUCUUCAGCUGUUCCUGUGGGCCUGUGUCUUGAGUUCACCAGGCACGUCACUUGCAUCAGAAAAGUUGGUCUUACCUGUGGUCCCGAGGCUCAAGUUUGCUCUCGGGAGGCUGCCCAUGAGCUCUCUGCAGCGGCAGCAACCAGGAAGAUAUGCACCGCCCUUUCUGGGAGCUUCCGUGUACUAGGGUUCCAGAUGGUGUUUGGUGUUUUCCUCUGGCAUCGGAGAUGUGUGUGCAGAGUGCAGUCUCUUCUGGUUUCCCAGGCGUGUCUGCCUCUCUGAAGGUUUAGCUCUCCCUCCCACGGGAUUUGGGUGCAGAGAACUGUUUAUCCGGUCUGUCCCUUCAGGUUCUGGCGGUGUCUCAGGCACAGGGGUCCUGCCACUCCUGGGCCCUCCCCCACGGGAACCCAGAGGCCAUAUACAGUUUCCUCCUGGGCAAGGGAUGUGGGCAGGGGUGGGCAGUGUUGGUGGUCUCCUCUGCUCUGCAGCCUCGGGAGUGCCCACCUGACCAGGCGGUGAGGUCUCUCUCCCACGGGGUUUGGGAGCAGAGAACCUCUGCGGGCCAAGAUCUGCGGGUCAACUUGAGUAUUUCUUAUAUACAUUUCAAGUGUCAUUCCCUUUCCCGGUUUCCAGGCAAACAUCCUCCUCCUCCCUCCCCUUCUUUAUGGGUAUUCCCCUCCCCAUCCUCCCCCUCUUGCCGCCCUCCCCCCAACAAUCUAGUUCACUGGGGUGAACCCCUUUUUUUAAUAGGGUUAUUUGUCUUCCUGCAGUCUAACUUCAUGAGUUCUCUGUAUAUUUUGCAUAUAAGUCUUCUAUCAGUUGUAGGAUUGGUAAAGAUUUUUUCCCAAUCUGUUGGUUACCGUUUUGUCCUAACAACAGUGUCCUUUGCCUUACAGAAGCUUUGCAGUUUUAUGAGAUCCCAUUUGUCGAUUCUUGAUCUUAGAGCAUAAGCCAUUGGUGUUUUAUUCAGGAAAUUUUCUCCAGUGCCCAUGUGUUCGAGAUGCUUCCCUAGUUUUUCUUCUAUUAGUUAGAGUGUAUCUGGAUUGAUGUGGAGGUCCUUGAUCCACUUGGACUUAAGCUUUGUACAGGGUAAGCAUGGAUCGAUCUGCAUUCUUCUACAUGUUGACCUCCAGUUGUACCAGCACCAUUUGCUGAAAAUGCUCUUUUUUCCAUUGGAUGAUUUUGGCUCCUUUGUCAAAAAUCAAGUGACCAUAGGUGUGUGGGUUCAUUUCUGGGUCUUCAAUUCUAUUCCACUGGUCUAUCUGUCUGUCUAUGUAACAAUACCAUGCAGUUUUUAUCUCUAUUGCUCUGUAAUACUGCUAGAGUUCCGGGAUAGUGAUUCCCCCAGAAGUCCUUUUAUUGUUGAGGAUAGUUUUAGCUAUCCUGGGUUUUUUGUUAUUCCAGACAAAUUUACAAAUUGUUCUAACUCUCUGAAGAAUUGGAUUGGUAUUUUGAUGGGGAUUUCAUUGAAUCUGUGGAUCGCUUUUGAAGAAAUGUCUAUUUUUAUUAUAUUAAUCCUGCCAAUCCAUGAACAUGGGAGAUCUUUCCAUCUUCUGAGAUCUUCUUCAAUUUCUUUCUUCAGAGUCUUGAAAUUCUUAUCAUAUAGAUCUUUCACUUGCUUGGUUAGAGUCAUACAGAGGUAUUUUAUAUUAUUUGGGACUAUUAUAAAGGGUGUCGUUUCCCUAAUUUCUUUCUCAGCUUGUUUCUCUUUUGUGUAGAGGAAAGCUACAGAUUUAUUUGACUUAAUUAUAUACCCGGCCACUUUGCUGAAGUUGUUUAUCAGGUUUAGUAGUUCUCUGAUGGAACUUUUGGGGUCACUUAAAUAUACAAUUGUAUCAUCUACAAAUAGCGAUAUUUUGAUUUCUUCCUUUCCAAUCUGUAUCCCUUUGAUUUCUUUUUAUUGUCUGAUUGCCCUGGCUAAAACUUCAAGAAUUAUAUUGAAUAAGUAGGGAGAUAGUGGGCAGCCUUGUCUGGUCCCUGAUUUUAGUGGGAUAGCUUCAAGUUUCUCUCCAUUUAGUAUAUUGUUAGAUGCUGGUUUGCAGUAUAUGGCUUUUACGAUGUUUAGGUAUGGGCCUUGGAUUCCUGUUCUUUCCAGGACUUUUAUUAUGAAGAGGUGUUUAAUUUUGUCAAAUGCUUUCUCAGCAUCUAAUGAAAUGAUCAUGUGGUUUUUAUCUUUCAGUUUGUUUAUAUAGUGGAUUACGCUGAUGGUUUUCUGUAUAAUAAACCAUCCCUGCAUACCUGGGAUGAAGCCUACUUGAUAAUGACGGAGGAUUCUUUUGAUGUGUUCUUGGAUUCAGUUUGCAAGAAUUUUAUUGAGUAUUUUUGCAUUGAUAUUCAUAAGGGAAAUUGAUCUGAAGUUCUCUUUCUUUAUUGCGUCUUUUUAUGGUUUAGGUAUAAGAGUAAUUGUGGCUUCAUAGAAGCAAUUCGGUUGCGCUCUGUCUGUUUCAAUUUUGUGGAAUAGUUUGGAUAGUAUUGGUAUGAGGCCUUCUAUGAAUGUCUGAUAGAAUUCUGCACUCUACCCAUCUGGACCUGGCCUCUUUUUGGUUGGGAGACUUUUAAUGACUGUUUCUAUUUCUUUAGGAGUUAUGUGGUUGUUUAAAUGGUUUAUCUGUUCCUUAUUUAACUUUGGUACCUGGUAUUUGCUUAGGAAAUUAUCCAUUUCCUCCAGAUUUUCAAGUUUUGUUGAAUAUAGGCUUUUGUAGUAGGAUCUGAUGAUUUUUUUGAAUUUCCUCUGAUUCUGUAGUUAUGUCUCCCUUUUCAUUUCUGAUUUUGUAAUUUGGACACACUCUUCGUGUCUUCUGGUUACUCUGGCUCCCUUAUCUAUCUGGCUCCUUUAUCUAUCUUGUUGAUUUUCUCAAAGAACCAGCUUUUGGUUCUGCUGUUUUUUUAUAUAGUCCUUUUUGUUUCCACUUGGUUGAUUUCAGCUCUGAGUUUGAUUAUUUCCUGCCUUCUACUCCUCCUGGGUGUAUUUGCUUCUUUUUGUUCUAGAGCUUUUAGGAGUGCUGUCAAGCUGCUGAUAUAUGCUCUCUCCUGUUUCUUUCUGCAGGCACUCAGAACUAUGAGUUUUCCUCUUAGCACAUCUUUCAUUGUGUCCCAUAAGUUUGGGUAUGUUGUAACUUCAUUUUCAUUAAAUUCUAAGAAGUCUUUAAUUUCUCUCUUUAUUUCUUCCUUGACCAGGUUAUCAUUGAGUAGAUCAUUGUUCAACUUCCAUGUAUAUGUGGGAAUUCUUUCCUUAUUGUUAUUGAAGACCAGUUUUAGCCUGUGGUAGUCUGAUAGGACAUAUUGGAUUAUUUCUAUCUUUCUGUAUCUGUUGAAUCCUGUUUUGUGACUGAUUAUAUGGUCAAUUUUGGAGAAUGUACCAUGAGGUGCUGAGAAGAAUGUAUAUCCUUUUGCUUUAGGAUAGAAUGUUCUAUAAAUAUCUGUUAAGUCCAUUUGGUUCAUGACUUCUCUUAGUCUGUCUAUGUCUCUGUUUAAUUUCUGUUUCCAUGACCUGUCCAUUGAUGAGAGUGGGGUGUUGAAAUCUCCUACUAUUUUUGUGUGAGGUGCAAUGUGUGUUUUGAACUUUAGUAAGGUUUCUUUUACGUAUGUAGGUGCCCUUGUAUUUGGAGCAUAGAUAAUUAGGAUUGAGAGUUCAUCUUGGUGGGUUUUUCAUUUGAUGAAUAUGAAAUGUCCUUACUUAUCUUUUUUGAUAAAUUUUAGUUGAAAAUUGAUUUUAUUUGAUAUUAGAAUGUCUACUCCAGCUUGCUUCUUCUGACCAUUUGCUUGGAAAGUUGUUUUCCAGCCUUUCACUCUGAGGUAGUGUCUGUCUUUGUCUCUGAGGUUUGUUUCCUGUAGGCAGCAAAAUCCUGAGUCCUCAUUGUGUAUCCAGUUUGUUAAUCUAUAUCUUUUUAUUGGGGGAAUUGAGUCCAUUGGUGUUGAGAGUUAUUAAGAAAUAGCGAUUGCUGUUUCCUGUUAUCUUCGUAUUUGGAGGUGAGAUUAUGUUUGUGUGCUUGUCUUCUCUUUGUUUUAUUGAAAAAUGAUUAGUUUCUGCUUUUUCUAGGGUGGUGCUUGCCUCCUUGUGUUGGGCUUUACUAUUUAUUAUCCUUUGUAGGGCUGGGUUUGUAGAAAGACAUUGUGUAAAUUUGGUUUUGUCAUGGAAUAUCUUGGUUUCUCCAUCUAUGUUUAUUGAGAGUUUUGCUGGAUACAGUAACCUGGGCUGGCAUUUGUGUUCUUUUAGGGUCUUCUGGCUUUCAUAGUCUCUGGUGUGAAGUCUGGUGUAAUUCUGCUAGGUCUGCCUUUAUAUGUUACUUGACCUUUUCCCCUUAUUGCUUUUAAUAUUCUUUCUUUGUUUUGUGCAUUUGGUGUUUUAUUUAUUAUGUGACGGGAGGAGUUUCUUUUCUGGUCCAUGGUAUUUGGAGUUCUGUAGGCUUCUUGUAUGUUUAUGGGCAUCUCUUUCUUUAGGUUAGGGAAGUUUUCUUCUAUGAUUUUGUUGAAUAUAUUUACUGGUCCUUGGAGUUGAGAGUCUUCACUCUCUUCUGUACCUAUUAUCCUUAGGUUUGAUCUUCUCAUUUUGUCCUGGAUUUUCUGUAUGUUUUGCGUCAGUAGCUUUUUCUGUUUUAUAUUAUCUUUGACAGUUGUGUUGAUGAUUUCUAUGGAAUCUUCUGCUCCUGAGAUUCUCUCUUCUAUCUCUUGUAUUCUGUUGGUGAUGCUUGCAUCUAUGGCUCCUUGUCUCUUCCUUUGGUUCUAUAUCGAGGGUUGUCUCCCUUUGUGCUUUCUUUAUUGUUUCUAUUUCCAUUUUUAAUUCCUUCACCGGUUUGAUUGUGUUUUCCUGUAAUUCUUUCAGGGAUUUUUGUGUUUCCUUUCGAAGGGAUUCUAUUUAUUUACUUGUGUUUUUCUGCAUUUCUCUAAGGGAGUUCUUUAUGUCUUUCUUGAAGUCCUCCAUCAUCAUGAUCAAAUCUUAAAUCUAGAUCUUGCUUUUCUGGUGUUUUUGGAUAUUCAUUGUUUGCUUUGGUGGGAGAAUUGGGCUCCGAUGAUGCCAUGUAGUCUUGGUUUCUGUUGCUUGGGUUCCUGUGCUUGCCUCUUGCCAUCAGGUUGUCUCUGGUGUUAUCUUGCUUUGCUAUUUCUGGCAGUGGCUUGAACGUCCUAUAUGCCUGUGUGUCAGGAGUGCUGUAGACCUGUCUUCCUGUUUUCUUUCAGCCAGUUAUGGGAACAGAGUGUUCUGCUUUCAGGCGCUUAGUCAUUCCUGUCUACUGGCUUUCAGCCGUUCCUAUGGGUGUGUGUCCUGAGUACAACAGGCAGGUCCCUUGGAGCAGAAAAAUUGAUCUUACCUCUGGUCUCAGGCCUGAAGGAGCUCUUUGGGGCUGGGUUUCAGCUCUCCAUGAGGGCAGCAACCAAAGGGCCUGCCCCUCCUUUUCCUGAAACCAUAUUUUUAUUUAAAUACUUUGAGUGUAAUAUAAAUAAAACAAAAUUAAUUGUAAAAUCAAUUUAGUUAACUUUUAUGUAAUAUUUUACAGCAAAUUUUGAUUUACAAUAAAUAUGUAAAUUUUGAACAAAGACAGUUUAAGAGUGCUGUAACAGUUAAUGGAAAUUCAAAUUAGAAAAAAAUGCUGGAAAACAUCUUUUGGUUGGGGAGUAGUGAAAGAGGAAGCAAAAAGGAAAACCACAGUGGUUUACAAAAUGCCCAGACCCAAACAGAGAAUGAGUUAAAGAAAGUGAAAAGUCCAUUGGAAAGUUAUGGGAGGGCAUUCAGAAAGUAAAACUAGUUUUUACCCUAUUUAAGACACAUCCACACCAGGAUAGUCUUCAGAAAACCUAGAGUGGAAAGUUCAGGACCAAACAACCCCGAGAACCAGCAGCAUCUGCAAGAUCCAUAAUGGCUAGGCUUUGUGCUUUCCUGAUGAUCCUGAUCGUGAUGAGCUAUUGUAGAUCAACCUGCUGUCUAGGAUGUGACCUGCCUCAUACUCAUAACCUCAGGAACAAGAGAGCAUUCACACUCCUGGCACAAAUGAGGAGACUCUCCCCUGUCUCCUGCCUGAAGGACAGACAGGACUUUGGAUUCCCCUUGGAGAAGGUGGAUGGCCAGCAGAUCCAGAAGGCUCAAGCUAUCCCUGUCCUGCAUGAGCUGACCCAGCAGAUCCUCAGCCUCUUCACAUCAAAGGAGUCAUCUACUGCUUGGGAUGCAACCCUCCUAGACUCAUUCUGCAAUGACCUCCAGCAGCAGCUGAGUGGUCUGCAAGCCUGUCAGAUGCAGCAAGUGGGGGUGCAGGAAUCUCACCUGGCCCAGGAAGACUCCCUAUUGGCUGUGCGGGAAUACUUCCACAGGAUCACUGUGUACCUGAGAGAGAAGAAACACAGCCCCUGUGCCUGGGAGGUGGUCAGAGCAGAAGUCUGGAGAGCUCUGUCUUCUUCAGCCAACUUGCUGGCAAGACUAAGAGAAGAGAAGAAAUGAGUCCUGAGCCAAAGUCGACAGGACUUUUCUAGACUAGAACAAUGUACCUCACUGCUCAGAUUCAGCCAUCUCAGAACUGUCUCUCAGUUGGGAGGAAUGCACACAAUUUGUCUAAAUGUUUCUCUAAAUAUUUGUUCUUUUUCCACUCAGUUUUAUGUCUGUCUGUCUGUACCCAUUUAUUUCUUUAUGUACUUAUUUAUUCACUUAUUUAACUAUUUAUAUGAUGUAACAUAUAUUGUAGUAUAGUUUGGUACAGAUAUGUUUUCCAUAAAUUAUUCCUAAUAUAGAAAUGUAACUUCUUUUAUUCAUUCAUUCUUUAAUUACUUAAAACAAUUUUAUUGUUUACACUGAUUUUUUUCUGUAAAGAAACUAUAUAUUUUAUCAACCUGCCAAAUAUUGUACCCGCAUAUGACAUUUCAUCGUGUUCAGGCAAUUAGAUAUACCUGUCUCUUGCUUCUCAUCCAUUCAUGGUUAAUUCUUAAGUCUUUCCUUUUCUCCUGUGUAUCAUAUUCUUCUGAAUGUACUGACAGCAUGCUGUGUAGGGAUCAGGCAUAAUAUCUUGUUCCUAUCAAACUGUGUAAAGGGAUUGGUAUUUGUACAAGACACUCCACAACCAAGUUCUCAGCACAAAGGUCAUUUAUUUGACCCAGAAAGACAAAGGACCAAGAGUAAGAGACAAAGACAGGUGAUAGAGGACUAGGGAGAAGCAGAGGAGAUACUUGUCCUGGGGUUGGGGAGAGGAGACAAACAUGACCCAUAGGCAAAAGGCAGCAUAUAAAACUACAAGGGGGAAAACCUCUGCUAGGAUAAAGUGUUAAUCUUGAUUGGACAGCUUAAUUGGGGCAGCCACAAGGGGGCCUUUGUUGGUUUUCAGUGCUUUGAUAGCUGGACUUUGGUAGUCAUGCUUAAGUGAAUGAAGUAGGCAAAUCAGGGAAUAGCCCUUGAUGGGCAGCUUUACAGUUCUCAUGCAAUGCUUUGUAGCAAAGCAGAGGAAUUAAAGUAAAAGGCUACUGUCUGUCAGAGCCCUGUUCGACAUGCUCAAGACUGACUAGAAUCCUUCAUCAUGACUUAGUGUACUUUGAAAAGGAUUUUUUUCAGCCUUUAGCAGCCUCUAUGUUCCUGACACUGUCUAUUCUCAACUUCUAGGAGUGUUUAAGUGAUUGGAAGUACAAAUAUCAGUGAAGUCAUAUAUACAGUAUGUAAAUAGAGCACACUGUAAUAACUAUCUUGCCUAUACAGUGACAAAUGACAUAUAUCCUGAGAAGAAAUCUGGAGUGAAACCCAGUCAUAACAACCUCAAGAAAUAUCCUUUGAGAUAAACCUAAAUAAGGAUUUGAUACAUGUCUCAUAUGUAUCUUUUAGGACUCCAGUAUUCUCUCCCAAUUUUAUGUGUUCCCUCUUUUUAAAAAUUAUUUUAUUUACUUACAUUUCAAAUGUUGUCCCACUUGCUGGUUUCUGCUUUGCAAAAGUCUCAUCCCAUUCCUCCUUUCCCCCCUGCUUCUAUGAGCAUACUCCCCACCCACCCAACCACUCCAGUCUCACCACCCUAGCAUCACCUUAUACUGAGGCAUCACGCCUUCACAUGUCCAAGGGCUUCCCCUCCUGUCAGCAAGCACUUCUUGGCAUCAACAAUAGUGUCUGGGUUAGGUGUCUGCAGACGGGAUGAAUCCCAGGGUGGUGUGGUCUCUGAAUGGCCUUCCCUUCAGUCUCUGCUCCACUCUUUGUCUCUGCAUUUCCUUUAGACCUCUUGCUUCCCUGGCAUCUGGGAUUUUCUAGUGGCUAUUCUCAGUUCCCCAUCCCCCACUACCACAUACCUCCUUUCAAUUGCUGAUCCUCUGUACUUCACCCCCCCAUGUCUCCUCCUAGACCUCAUUCUGUCCCCCUUUCCCCCCUCCUCUUUCCCUUCCUCUACCUCCCAUGAUUAUUUUUCCCCCUUCUAAAUAGUACUGAAGCAUCCACACAUUACCAUUCCUUCUUUUUGAGGUUCAUAUUGUGUGUGAGUUGUACAUGGGGUAUUCCAAGAGUUUUGGCUAAUAUCCAUUUAUUAGUGAGUACAUACCAUGUAUGUUCUUUUGUGAUUGGGUUAUGUUACUCAUGAAGAUAUUUUCCAUCUUCCAAUAGUUCCAUCUAUUGGCCUGCGAAUUUCAAGAAGUCAUCUUGGGUAACUCAAGCUUUUGAGCUGAUAUCCACUUAUCAGUGAGUGCAUACUAUGUGUGUUUUUCUGUAUUGGGAUAACUCACUCAGGAUGGCAUUUGCCUCUGAAUUUCAUGAAGUCAUUGUUUUUGAUAGCUGAGUAGUACUCCAUUGUGUAGAUGUACCAUAUUUUCUGUAUCCAUUCCUCUGUUGAAGGGCAUCUGGGUUCUUUUCAGCUUCUGGCUAUUAUAAUUAAGGCUGCUAUGAACAUAUUGGAACCUGUAUCUUUGUUGCAUGUUGAAGCAUAUUUUAGGUAUACAUCCUGGAGAGGUAUAGCUGGGGCCUCACGCAAUGCAAUAUUCAAUUUUCUGAGAAACCUCUAGACUGAUUCCUAGAGUGGUUGUAACAGUUUGCAAUCCCACCAACAAUGGAGGAGUGUUCCUCUUUCUCCACAUGCUCGCCAGCAUCUGCUGUCACCUGAGUUUUUGAUCUUAGCCAUUCCAACUGGUGUGAGGUGGAAUCUCAAGGUUCCUUUGAUUUGCAUUCUGUAACUCAUUUUUAAUAGGAUUAUUUGAUUCUCUGGAGUCUAAUUCAUUGAGUUCUUUGAAUACAUUGGAUAUUAGAGCUCUCUUAAAUAUAGGUUUGGUAAAGGUUUUUUCCUAAUCUAUAGGUUGUCAUUUUGUCCUAUUGAGAGUGUCCUUUGCCUUACAGAAGCUUUUGAAUUUUAUGAGAUUCCAUAUUUCUAUAGUUGAUCUUAGAGCCUGAAUCAUUGGUGUUCUGUUCAGGAAAUUUUCUACUGUGCCUUUGUGUUCGAGGCUCUUUCCCACUUUCUCCUCUAUUAGAUUUAGUGUAUCUGGUUUUAUGUGGAGAUCAUUGAUCUUCUUGGACUUGAGCUUUGAACAAGGAGUUAAGAAUGGACCAAUUUGGGCUGGAGAGAUGGCUCAGUGGUUAAGAGCACCGAAUGCUCUUCCUGAGGUCCUGAGUUCAAAUCCCAGCAACCACAUCUGUAAUGAGAUCUGAUGCCCUCUUCUGCUGUGUCCAAAGACAGCUACUGUGUACUCAGAUAUAAAAAAUAAACAAAAUAUUUAAAAAAAAUGGACCAAUUUGCAUUAUUCUACAUGUUGACCUCCAGGUGAACAAACACCAUUUGCUGAAUAUGCUGUCUUUUUUCCACUGGAUGGGUUUAGAGUCUGUGCCAAAUAUCUGGGACUUUAAUUUUAUUUCACUGAUUUACCUGUGUGUCUCUGUACAAUUAACAUGUACUUUUUAUCAUUAUUGCUCUGUUGUACAGCUUGAGGUCAGAGAUUGUGAUUUCCUCAGAAGUUCUUUUCUUUUCUUUCUUUUUUUUUUUUCGGAGCUGAGGACUGAACCCAGGGCCUUGCGCUUGCUAGGCAAGCGCUCUACUACUGAGCUAAAUCCCCAACCCCAGUUCUUUUAUUUUUGAGAUUGGUUUUCAAUAUCCUGGGUUUUUAGUUAAUACAGAUGAAUUUGAUAAUUGCUCUUUCUAUCUUUGUGAAGGACUGAUUGGAAUUUUGAUGGGAAUUGCAUUGAAUCUGCAUAUUGCUUCUGGUAAGAUAGCCAUUUUUACUGUUUGAUUCUGCUGAUCAAUGGGCAUCUUUCUAUCUUCUGAGAUCUUCUUCACUUCCUUUCUUCACAGACUCGAAGUUCUUGUCAUAUAGAUAAUUCCCUUGCUUGGUUAGAGUCACAUCAAGGUAUUUUAUAUUAUUUGUGUUUAUUGUGAAGUGUGUCGUUUCCCUAAUUUUUCCUCUGCCUUUUUAUCCUUUGCGUAGAGGAAGGCUACUUAUUUCUUUGAUUUAAUUUUAUAUCCAGCCACUUGCUGAAGUUGUUUACCAGCUGUAGGAAUUCUCUAGUGGAAUUUUUGGGGUCACUUAAUUAAGUAUAAUAAGUAUCAUAUCAUCUCCAAAUAGUAAUAUUUUGACUUCUUACUUUCCAAUUUGUAUACUUUGACUUCCUUUUAUUGUCUGAUUGCUCUGGCUAGGACUUCAUGUACUAUAUUGAAAAAGUAGGGAGAGAGUGGGCAGCCUUGUCUAGUCCCUGAUUUUAGUGGGAUUGCUUCAAGUUUCUCUCCUUUUAGUUUGAUGUUGGACAUUGGUUUCCUGUAUAUUGCUUUUACUAUGUUUAGAUAUGGGUCUUGAAUUCCUGAUCUUUCCAAGACUUUUAACAUGAAGGGGUAUUGAAUUUUAUCAAAUGCUUUCUCAGCAUAUAAUGAGAUGAUCAUGUCUUUUUUCCUUGGGUUUGUUUAUAUAGUGGAUUACAUUGAUGCAUUUCCAUAUAUUGAACCAUCCCUGCAGCCCUGGUAUGAAGCCUACUUGACCAUGAUGGAUGAUUGUUUUGAUGUGUUCUUGGAUUUGGUUUGCAAGAAUUUUAUUGAGUAUUUUUGCAUCAAUAUUCAUAAGGGAAAUUGGUCUGAAAUUUUCUUUCUUUUUGGGUCUUGUGUGGUUUAAGAAUAAGCAUAAUUGUGGCUUCAUAGAGGGAAUUGGGUAGUGUUCCUUUUGUUUCUAUUUUGUGGAAUAGUUUGGAGAGUAUUGGUAUUGGUCUUCUAGGAAGGUCUGAUAGAAAACCCAUCUAGUCUUGGGCUUUUUUUGGUUGAUAGACUUUCAAUGACAGGUUCUGUUUCUUUAGGAGUUAUGAGACUAUUUAGAUGGUUUAUCUAAUCCUGAUUUAAAUUUGUUACCUGGUGUCUCUCUAGAAAAUUGUCCAUUUCCUUCAGAUUUUCCAGUUUUGUUUAGUAUAAGCUUUAAUAGUAGGAUCUGAUAAUUUUUUUAAUUUCCUCAGUUUCUGUUGUUAUGUCUCACUUUUCAUUUCUGAUUUUGUUAAUUUGUAUACUGUUUCUGUGCCCUCUAGUUAGUCUGGCUAAGGGUUUAUCUAUCUUGAUGAUUUUCUCAAAGAAUCAGCUCCUGGCUUUGUUGAUUCUUUGUAUAGUUCUUUUUGUUUCUACUUGGAUGAUUUCAGCCCUGAUUUUGAAAUUUUUUCUCACAUCUCCUCCUCUUGUGUGUUUUUGCUUCUCUUUGUUCUAGAGCUUUCAGAUGAGCUGUUAACCUGCUAGUGUAUAUUCUUUCCACUUUCUUUAUAAAGGCAUUCAUAACUAUGAGUUUUCCUCUUAGUACUGCUUCAUUGGGGCCCAUAACUUUGUGUAUGUUGUUCCCUCAUUUUCUUUGAAUUCUAAAAAGUCUUUAAUUUCUUUCUUCAUUCCUUGUCCAAAUUAUCAUUGAAUAGAUAGUUGUUCAGCUUCCAAGUAUAUGUGGGAUCUUUUUUUGUUGUUGCUAUUGAAGACCAGCCUUAGACCUAGUCCCUGGUAGUCCAAUAGAAUACAUGGGAUUAAUUUAAUGUUCUUGUAUCUGUUAAGGUCUGUUUUGUGUCUGAGUAUAUGGUCGAUUUUUGCGAAGAAACCAUGAGUGUCUGAGAACUAUGAGAGUGGGAUGUUGAAAUCUCCUACUAUUAUUGUGUAAUGUUCAAUGUGUGCUUUGAAUUUUAGUGACGUUUCUUUUACAAAUGUUGGUGCCCUUGCCUUUGGGACAUAAAAGUUCAGAAUUGAGAGUUCAUCUUAUCUCAUUUUUUUGAUGACUAUGUAGUGUCCUUUCCCCUCUUUUUUUCGAUAAUUUUUGGUUGAAAGUCAAUUUUGUUCAAUAUUAGAAUGACUACUCCAGCUUCUUUCUUGGGACCAUUUGCUUGGAAAAUUUUUUUCUCAUCUUUUUAUUUUAAGGUCAUGUCUGUCUUUGAUUCUGAGGUGUGUUUCUUGUUUGCAGCAAAGUGCUGGAUCCUGUUUACAUAUCCAGUCUGUUAGCCUAUGUCUUUUUAUUGAGGAAUUGAGUUCAUUGAUGCUGAGAUAUAUUAUGGACCAAUGAUUCUUGCUUCCUGUUAUUUUUGUUGUUAGAGGUGGAGUUACGUUCGUGUGUUUCUCUUCUGUUGUGUUUGUUGUGAGAAGCUUAAUUUCUUGUCCUUUUCUUGGAUGUAGUUCCUCUCCUUGUGUUGGACUUUCUAUUCUAUUAUCUUCUGUAGGGCUGGAUUUUAGAAAGAAAUUGUUAAAAUUUGGUUUUGUCUCAGAAUACCUUGGUUUCUCCAUCUAUGGUAAUUGUGAAUUUUGCUGGGAAUAGUAGCAUGGGAUGGCAUUUUUCUCUUAUUGUCUGUAUGACAUCUGAUCAGGAUCUUCUACCUUUCAUAGAUCUCUGUUUGAGAAUAUGAAGUCUGGUAUAAUCCUGAUAGGUCUGCCUUUAUAUGUUACUUACUGUUUUUGUUCUGUGUACUUUGUGUUUUAAUUUUAUGGGAGAGAGGGAUAUCUUUUCUAGCCCCAUAUGUUUGGUGUUCUGUAUGCUUCUGAUAUGUUUAUGGGCAUUUAUCUCUUUAGGUGAGGAAAGUUUUCUUCUAUAAUUUUGUUGGAGAUGUUUGUUGGCCCUUUGACUUGGGAACUUUUACUUUCUUCUAUACCUAUUCUUCCUAGGUUCAGUCCUUUCAUUGUUUCCUGAAUUUCCUGAAUAUUUUGAGAUAGGAGUCUUUUGAUUUUUGUAUUUUCCUUGACUGUUGUGUCAAUAUGGACUACCUUCUUCUGUUAAGAUUCUCCUGUCUGUCUCAUGUAUUCUGUUCGUGAUGCUUACAUCUGUGAUUUCUGUUAUCUUUCCUAGGUUUUCCAUCUCUAGGGUUGUCUCCCUUUAAGUUUUCUUUAAUUUUUUCUAUUUCCAUUUUUGAUCCUAGACAGCUUUGUUCAAUGUCUUCACCUGUUUUAUUAUGUUUUCCUGUAUUUCUUUAAGGGAGUUAUGUAUGUCCUUCUUAAAGUCCUCUAUCAUCUUCAUGAAAUGAAAAUUAAGAAAUGAAUCUUGCUUUUUAGGUUUGUUGGGGUAUCCAGGACUUGCCGUGGUGGGAGAAGUGGGUUCUGUUGUUGCCAAGUCAAAUUGGUUUCUGUUGCUUAUGUUCUUAAGCUUGCCUCUUGCCAUCUGGUUAUCUUUGGUGUUAUUGUACUCCUUGUCUCUGACUGGAGUCUCUCUUGCCUUUGAGCCUCUUUUUUUAGGUUAGGGAAGUUUUCUUCUGUGAUUUUGUUGAAGAUAUUUACUGGUCCUUUGAGCUGGGAGUCUUCACUCUCUUCUAUACCUAUUAUCCUUAGGUUUGAUCUUCUCAUUGUGUCCUGGAUUUCCUGUAUGUUUUGUACCAGUAGCUUUUUCCUCUUUACAUUAUCUUUGACAGUUGAGUCAAUGAUUUCUAUGGAAUCUUCUGCUCCUGAGAUUCUCUCUUCCAUCUCUUGUAUUCUGUUGGUGAAACUCGUAUCUACAGCUCCUUGUCUCUUGGUUUUCUAUAUCCAGGGUUGUUUCCAUGUGUUCUUUCUUGAUUGUUUCUAUUUCCAUUUUUAAUUCCUUCAACUGUUUGAUUGUGUUUUCCUGGAAUUCUUUCAGGGAUUUUUGUGACUCCUCUCUAUGGGCUUCUACUUGUUUAUUUAUGAUUUCCUGGAAUUCUUUCAGGGCUUUUUGCGAUUCCUCUCUGUAAGCUUCUACUUGUUCUCUAAGGGAGUUCUUAACGUCUUUCUUGAAGUCCUCCAGCAUCAUGAUCAAAUAUGAUUUUGAAACUAGAUCUUGCUUUUCUGGUGUGUUUGGAUAUUCCAUGUUUGUUUUGAUGGGAGAAUUGGGCUCCGAUGAUACCAUGUAGUCUUGGUUUCUGUUGCUUGGGUUCCUGUGCUUGCCACUCGCCAUCAGAUUAUCUCUAGUGUUACUUUGUUCUGCUAUUUCUGACAGUGGCUAGACUGUCCUAUAAGCCUGUGUGUCAGGAGUGCUGUAGACCUGUUUUCCUGUUUUCUUUCAGCCAGUUAUAGCAACAGAGUGUUCUGCUUUCGGGCGUGUAGUUUUUCCUCUCUACAGGUCUUCAGCUGUUCCUGUGGGCCUGUGUCUUGAGUUCACCAGGCAGGUCACUUGCAGCAGAAAAGUUGGUCUUACCUGUGGUCCCGAGGCUCAAGUUCGCUCGCGGGGUGCUGCCCUCGAGCUCUCUGUGGUGGCAGCAACCAGGAAGAUCUGAGCCGCAUUUCCAGGAGCUUCAGUGCACCAGGGUUCCAGAUGGCGUUUGGUGUUUUCCUCUGGCGUCCGAGAUGUGUGCAGAGUGCAUUCUCUUCUGGUUUCCCAGGCGUGUCUGCCUCUCUGAAGGUUUAGCUCUCCCUCCCACGGGAUUUGGGUGCAGAGAACUGUUUAUCCGGUCUGUUCCUUCAGGUUCCGGUGGUGUCUAGGAAGAAUGUUUAUGAGAUGAUUUCAGUUGUGUUGGUAAAAAGAUGUAAUAAAAUUAGAAUCAAGAAUAGAAUGUGCCUACUCCUCAUAAGUAAGGCUUAUAAGGACCAAAUGGCCCUGGUCUUUUAAUCUUAUUUUCAUACUUUAUUAAGUUUGGCUUAUAAUAAGCAAAUGAGACUGCAUAAUAAGAAAUACAAUGAGGUUUCAAAAUUACACUUAAAAAGGGAAAUAGGAUUGGGACAAUUUUAUGUUAAGAAAAAUCAGGUCUCAGGAUGAAACCACAAGUGUGUACUUUGAUAAGACAAGGCCAUGUAAAAAUUGCAUCUUUGAACUUUAUAAUGAGGUUACAUUAUGCAACACUGCUUUGAACUUGCUACUGAUACCUUUCUGUAAGUCCUCUGUUUUUGUAACAUUUUACCCAUGAAGCAAUUCUUUCUUACAUAGAGUACUUUGUCAAAAAGUUAUAAGAAGUUGACAAAAAAAGUCUUGGUACAGCCAAUUUCUUUUUCACUCAGUGUGUGUGUGUGUGUUAUGUGAAUGACUUCUUUCCUUUCCCCUUUCUCUGGUUCAAAAGGACUUAACAAGUUCUGAGCCCCUUGCCUGGCCUGUGAAAGGCUCCUGGCUUACUUGCCAUAGAAAGGCGCUCUAGUAACAAAGACUUUUACUUAAUUCCCUGAUGCUAAACAGUAUGUGUUCACCAUGCGAUAUUGGCACUUAUGUAAGCACAAAUAGUGAGAGUGACAUUGUUAAUUUUCCCCAGGGCUUAUCUAACCAUGAAUCAGUAAGUUUUAGUUCUUAUUGAAGCACAGAGCAGUAACCAUUAAUACAGACGUUUCAGCACUUACUCAAGUAUAGAACAAGAGUGAAGAGACAAGUUCCUAGAGUUUAAUAAAGCAUGAGGAGUUAAGACUAUGGGUAUAGAAUUUCAUAAAGCACAUAUAUUUAUAAAAUAAAGAUACAGCAUUCAGUAAAGCACAGAGAGUUAAAGAAAAAAGAAACCAAAUAAACAAAUGCUUUAAUAAAGCAUAAAAAAGUAAGAUUAUAAGACCAGGACCCUUUGGUCUAUAGCCUUUGCUUGACUCUGUGUUUCAUCUCAGCUCAACCCCCAAAAGUCCAGGUAGGCCCCUAUCACCUCCCUACACAUCCAUACCAUGGAAAAACCAGCCCUGAGGGUCAGGGUAAUAGUUAGCAGUUGAAGAAGACUGCAGACCCCACUACUAGAGUGGUUUGCAGAAAUGGAGCGUCUUCAUUGAUCCUGAUGUUGAGGGACCAGAGAAGUGCAGCCAUGAGAACAACAGAAUUUGUUUCUUAGAGAGACAGAGAUAACAGAGAAACCAUUUUGUCUGUAAUCAGUCACCUGUGGGAAUAAAGAGGAAAGCACUGUCUGGUUCUCCAUCAUGAAGAGACUCUGGGCUAUGAAGUUUCUGCCCAAUCACUGUCUAAUUACAUAAGUACAAGGAUCCACAGGCAUCCUUUCUACUUAAAGUAAAGAAGAGAGCUAAGGCUGAAAUGUCUCUUAAGGAGCAAUGCACACAUAGUAACUGAAUUAAGUAACUCUGUAUGUGAAUGUGCAUGGGUAUAUCUGUGGUGUAUGUUUGUGUGUUUUUGUGCAUGCUAUAUCUCCAAGGAAGAGCAAUGGACUUUCAGAUAGAGACACAGCUAAGGGUUCCUGUUCUCUCUAUACUAGCCCCAUGCACAUGCUUACUGGAUCCCAACUAAUCAUUUGAAAAUGACACUUUGGUCAGCUAUGUGAAUCCACAGUAAUGACAGAAAAACAGACUAACUGGUUUAAGAUUCCAAGAGAGAGGCCUUAGAUGGCUAUGGAGACUCAGCAGAUGGAAGGGCACUGAGAAAGUCUGUAAAGCCAAGGAAAUCAUACCAGCAUUAGCAGACAUAGAGAGAUGAGGGGACAUGGUUCCCAAGUGUCUGACAGUGUAUACUCUGAAAGUAGAAAAAAACUAAAAUUAUCAACAGCACAAAAGCAAAUAUUCCAGUUAAAUACAUUUUUUUACACAGGGGAAAUAGUGACUCUAAUAUUGUCCUACAGAGAAGGGCUUUUUUUAAAAUAUAUAAAAGCAUACAUAGAACACUUAUUGUCACCACUAAAUGAAUUCAAUCUAUUUCUAACUUUGAAAAUGAGUAAAAAAGACUUUGAUGUCUGCCAUACAAAAUGACUGUGCAGAUCCCUUACUGCUAUGAGGAGGUGUAGGGAAUCUAGAACUGCUUCUACUGUGAUUCGAUAAGAACACUGUAUAUGGUAUUGACUGAUACUACAAUAUCCUGAGCAUUGCAUGAUGAUUUGUAUGGCUUUAAUGGUACUAGAGUCAUAGAGUGUAAGAUUUCAAGCAUUUGAAAUACAAAUUUUAAAUAUUUACCCAUGUGCUUUGGUUUGGAUGCAAAAUGUUACUGGGGUUCAACAUGUUGGAGGUUGGUACUCAGGGAAGCAAUCUUCACAGGAUGCUGGAACCUUCAUCACAUCCUCAAGGAACAAACUUUAUCAAUGAAAAUCUAUUGAUUAUUUCAGAUGAGUAGUCUAUUAGGCAGUGAGGCUUUGCUGGAGGAAGGUUAGGGGACUGCUUCCUAAUUACUUCUUUUCCUGUCUGCCUCUUGGAGACCAUGUAAUGAGUAAAUUUUUGAGACACAUGGUCUUCCCACUGUGCAAUGAAUUCAGAAAACCUUGGUGUUAAUGGUCUAAAGUUAUGAGAAAAAAAAUGAAUGAAAAUUUAGGCUUUCAGAUUUUAAAUAUCUUAUUCCUCUUGUGUAUGUGUGGGAAUGUCUCCCUUUUUAUGCAUGUAUGUAUGUAUGUAUGUAUGUAUGUAUGUAUGUAUGUAUGUGUCUGUAUGAGUUUUUGUGUGUGAAUGAGUCUAUGCUCCUAAAUGUCACUCACUGUGUUUAUGUGUAAUUAAAUGUGUGCCUGUAUGUGUGUAUGUGUUUGUGUAUAUUUGAGUAUGUAUAUGUGUGAGUUUGUAUAUGGAUGUGCAUGUGCAUGUUUGCAAAGGCUUGUGAAUGUUUGUGAGAAUUUGUGGAAAUUUGUGCAUGUGUAUAUGUGUCUGUGCCUAUGAGAGUAUUUAUGUUUGAAUGAUUGCAAAUGUGUUUGGGGAAAUAUGUACAUGUGUGGGUAUAUGGUUUUGGUUUUUCUAGUUUGUGUUCAUGUAUUGAAUCUGUAUUAUAUGAGAGAGUUAAUAUGUGUGUUUGUAUGAAUUGGGAGGAUUUAUACAUAUAUAUAUAUAUAUAUACAUAUAUAUAU